UCUCAUAAUCAUAUGAUUACCGAAGUGUGAGCAAGGUGUGAUCGGGUAACAUAACCCACGAGUGACGAGUUUGUCUAGGUAGAUUACGUGCUUACUUCGCUUUACUGAAUCAUUUCCUUUGCGAUAAGAUACAUCUGGUUUAAAUUUAUAACAUGUCGAAUGGAUUCGUGCACUCGGUCAAGGUCCCACGCAUUUAUAAAAUCACAGCCGACAUUGUACGUCGCGUGCGAGAGGACAGUGCUAGCCUGAAGAGCCUGAUUUACGAGAAGAAACAUCCCAAUGUAUCCGGCAUAUAUGGUCUCUCGGUGAACACCUUGCAAGCAUUGCCUCAGUUAGAUCAGCUCCUUAGCAAGACGAAAAUUCUCGUAGAGCAACCACGCUUGGAUCCCUGGCUAGCCAGAGUUCUCAUAACGGAGCUUUUGUGGGGCAAGAAAUGCCUUCAGAAUAACUCCAAACCAAUCGUGACCGUGUUAACCUACGAGCACAAGCUGCGUGAAGAAGCAAGGAACCUCAACUGCAUAGAAAUUCCCAUCGCACAUAAAAAAAAAGAGAUUCAGCCGCCAGACAGCCAUCAUUGCGCAGUAGAGGCAUCCACCUUCAUGGUCCUGAUUAUUCGUAACUGCAGAAUACUGUCGAGACGACAGAAUAAAGAGGCUAGGGUUAAAAACUUGCAAGAUUAUCAGAGAUCCUGCCGCCAGGAGUUGAUUUGUGAAAACAAGGAUACUUGCGCGAUGGAUUCGCAAGUGACAGUUUUGGGAAUAUUGUUCCUUUACAGUAUCGCUAUGUUCACUUUACCGUUUGUGGCCUUUUUCGGGACGCAGCAUUUGGUGUCGGCAAAAUUUCACACUGACCAUUUUGUGACUAAUUGCGUUUCUGUACUGGCCGCUGUGGUCACAGUGAAUCUGAUUAUCUCCUGUUAUGCUUAUCAAGCUUUGCACGAAUCCAUUCAGGAGAAAGAACAGAGUGAGGAUGAAGUUAGAGUGGAAUCUAAGGAGAUGCAAAGGCCUAGAUACGUCCGUGUAAACACUCUUCUGUUAUCCGUGGAAGAUGCCAUCUCCGAAUUGCAAAACGAGGGAUGGCAAUUGCUGUCGCGAAGCGCAACGUACUCUUCAUAUUUACUCUCCCUGUCACGGCUAUCGGAGCCUUAUUUCAUACAAGACUUACAUAUACCGGAAGUUUUGGUUUUUCCGCCUUCGACAUCAUUUCACGAACAUCCUGGCUACCUAAAGGGCAUGCUUAUCCUGCAGGACAAGGCUAGCUGUUUGCCGGUACACUUGUUGAAUCCUGUUAGCGGCUCCGUGGUACUGGACAUGUGUGCUGCUCCUGGCAUGAAGGCCACGUAUCUAGCGGCGAAACUGCAAAACAACGGGAAAGUUUACGCUGUGGAAAUUGAUACUAAAAGAUUUGAUACAUUAUGCAGCCUGAUAGAGAAGACUCAGUCCUCCUGCGUAGAACCCAUUAAUCAGGAUACCUUGACUCUCGAUCCAAAGCAGUAUUCGCAGGUAGAAUACAUUUUGGUUGAUCCGAGCUGCUCUGGAUCAGGUAUCGUUGACAGACCAAAACAGAGCGACACGGACGGCAAACCUGAACCAGAGCGCCUGCAAAAUCUGCAAUCGUUUCAAGUUUAUCUCCUUAGAUACGCCCUCUUGAACUUUCCAAAUGCAAAGAGGAUAAUUUAUAGCACCUGCUCGCUUCAUCCCGAAGAGAACGAGCAAGUGAUAGACGAAGUUCUCACUGAUAUUCGUCAGGCUUAUCGUCUCGUGCCGGCUAGAGAACUGCUUGGGGAUACUUGGAUCAACUUUAGCUCAGAGGAAUACAAUUGCACGGAUAAAUGUUUGUACUCGAAGCCGGAUGUUGAUUUCUGCAACGGCUUCUUCGUGGCAGUAUUCGAGAGGGACUUUGCCGUAGCUCUGCCAAUGUGCAAACGCAAAGGGGGUAACGUAAAUUCCAUUGACGCCAAUGUGGGUGCCAACGUGGACACGCCGGCGCCGGCGGAUGACGAGACGGUGUCACGCAAGCGAAAAAAGCGUGGAAAAAGGAAGAAACGAGAAGCUUCAGUGACGGACGAACAAGUGAAAAAUCAACAGGGAGAUGCCGAGUUUAAACCAGAAGUGGAAAAUGAAGAACAAGUAAAGAAACGUAAGAAAGAAGUUGACACUUGCCUCUCAUCAGACAACAAUCGUGAAGAAAUAUCGAACGAGAAACAAUUAGAAAGAAGAAAAGAAAAGAAGAAAAAGAAGAAGAGAUUGUAGUGUGAAGAAAGCAUCAUGCCUGAAAUGGAUGGCGAUGAAGAGACAACGAAAGCGAACGAUCACGACUUGAACAACAAGAGAAGAAGGAAAGUGAAUAAGUAAUCGAUGAAACCGAUAUUGAAAGAAGUAAGCAAGAUGGAGUAAAUGAAAGCGCAUCAGAGGGGGAGAAGAUAAUAACGGUCGAUGAAAAAGAAUGCUUAUAAUAACGAUGUUUUCAUUUUUUCUUUUUGAGGAAACGUGAUGAAAAGCAUCGAUAAUAAACGAAAAUUAUGUAAAACUU